AUGGAUGAUGGCGAAGAGGAAGUGAAUAGCAAUUAUAACAGUUUCUUAAGGUCGUUAGAUAAUGAUUCAUUUAUAUCGCAUAUUACUAGUUUAAGCCAAGGGCAUUUACAUGUUAGAAGUCAGGAGUUUCAAGCGGUAUCCACUCCCACAAAGGCAGCAGCAACAACAGCAGCAACAUCAACUGCUGCUGCUUCAUUCGAUAAUGCUGUAAGCUCAGAUCCUUUUGAUGAUAGUGUUGAUGAGGAAGCACUAGUGAGGAUUGCCAGAGGUGAGUAUAAUCCAACCCCUUUACAUUCAACUCAAUUAGAUCAACGCAAAGACCUUGCGGAGCAACCACAGGAACAACCGGAACAGCCAGGAACUGAACAGCUAGAACAAUCGGAACAACUAGAGGUGCAGCCUGUGAAACAGUCUAUCGGACAACUACAUGGAUUCGGAGACUAUGCUACCUACUUCCAUUCUAAACACCUCAAACAACAACACCAAGAUGCAGCAUACCUUGAAUGGGAACGUAAAAGACUCAAAACCCUUCCUAAACCUAUAUUUACCGGUUGUACUAUAUUUGUCAAUGGACACACUAAUCCAUCCAUUAAUGAAAUUCAUAGACUUGUUGUAUUACAUGGUGGUAAAUUCAUCAGUUAUCUAUCAAGUAAAUCAAGUGCUACACAUAUAGUAUGCGAUUGGUUGACUCCGCGAAAGUCAGACAUGUUUAAAAAUUGUCGAGUAGUAAAGGCUCAGUGGAUAGUUGAUUGUGUUGAAAAGGAAGAGUUGCUUGAUUGGAAAGAGUAUAGGUUGAUUAAAGAGAUUGCUUAUGAUCAACAGAGAUUGCAAUUUGGGGCAAUAGAGGAACAGACAGAGGAGGAGGAGCAAAAUGUGCAUGACGAUGAUAAUGAUGAAGAAGAAGAAGAGGAAAGCCAUUUUGUUGGAGAUAGUAAUGAAGAUGACGAUAUUCCCGUUAUUGAUUCAAUUCCUGAAGGGAAAGGGGUACAUAAAGUCAAAGAUAAGUAUGUGCUAGACGCCAGGCAUCCGGACUUCCUCCCCAAUUUCUUUGCCAACUCUCGUUUACACCAUCUAAGUGUGUGGAAAGCUGACUUGCGUCUAAAGUUUCUUCGGAAAGUCAUAAAGGAAAAACCAAGCCGAUUUCACAAAACCCAGAGUGACGAAAGAAUUAUUAUGCAUAUUGAUUUUGAUUGUUUUUUUGCUACGGCUUCGUGUCUUGGUCAUCCUGAACUUGACAUCCACAAAGACCCAAUAGCUGUUUCUCAUGGAAGUCGAACUUCGGAUGUUGCCAGUUGUAACUAUGUCGCCAGAUCAUUCGGAGUGAAGAAUGGAAUGUGGAUAACUCAAGCUAAGCAACUAUGCCCCCAGAUGAAAAUCAUUGACUAUGAUUUCGCAGCCUAUGAGAAAUACUCUAACGAAUUUUACAAUUAUUUAAUCACAUGUGAUUGUUUUGAUGUUAUACUCCCUGUUCUGAUUGAUGAAGUACUUGUUGAUGCUACUACAUAUUGUACGAAUCAUAGUGUUGAAGAAUUAUGCAAAACUAUAAGGAAGGACGUAUUCACAUUGACUAAAUGUCCUGUGUCAGUUGGUGUAUCUUCGAAUGUGCUCCUUGCAAAACUUGCACUUCGUCGUGCAAAACCAGAUGGGUAUUUCUAUCUUCAACCAUCAGAAACCACAAAAUUUCUACAAGAUGUGAAAAUCCGCGAUCUACCUGGAAUAGGACGAAGUAUUACUGAGAGGUUAUCUCAUGAGCUUAAUCAAGAAACGGUGAAUACAACUGAUAUUCUUCCCCUACCCAAAUCAAGAUUAAUCACGUUAUUCGGAGAGAAAACUGGUACAAAGCUUUAUCAAUAUGUGCGAGGAAUUGAUGAUACUUUAUUAAUCACCCCAACCACUGUAGAUCGAAAAUCGGUAUCCGUUGAUGUCAAUUUCGGGAUUCGAUUCGAGAAAGUUGAAGAGUUAGAUGAUUUCCUUAUCCGGUUAUCCAAAGAAAUGUAUAUGCGGUUGAUCAACUUAGGAUUUUGUGGUAGUUCACUCACACUUAAACUUGCACGUAGAAGGCAGGAUGCACCGAUAAACCCUCCAAAGUUUCUAGGAAUGGGAAGAUGUGAUAUUUUUAAUAAGAGUCUGAGGCUUGGUGUGCCUACUAACGAUUGGGGAGUAAUAGGCAAUGAAGCUAAGGUAUUGUAUCGUAUGGUUAAUAUUCCAGUUACCGAAUUAAGAGGAGUUGGGUUGAGUUUAACUCGACUUGUUGAUAUUGAUAAUGUUAAAAAAAAUCGACAGGGUAGACUAGGAUUCAAGAAAGGAGAUGUUAAUGAUCAAUUUAAGGAGUUUCAACAGCAGCAGGUGCAAUUUGAAUCCAAGUUACGAUCAAAAACUCCAUCACCAAAGAAACGAAUAGGAAUCACUAAGGAUCAUUUUGAAAAACGCCCUAAAUUCUCUCAUAAUUUAGAUGAUAUUGAUUGGGACGUAUUUGAAUCACUCCCUUCCGAUAUAAAACAAGAGCUUGAGCGAGAAUUAUCUCGACGGCGCAUGGUUGCAGUUAAACGGGAACCCAACACCAAGGCAUAUCUCCAACAAUUACUUCCUACCCAAUCAGGAACCACCAAAUAUGUUCGAGUAAUUGAAUCACCCACUAAACGGCAAUCACCCAAGAAAGGUAGACCUUCAUCUACUAAACCUCUGCGACUGGUCCUGCCAGUGAAGCUAUAUGAGCCUUCACAAUCGUAUGAUUCGUCAGUGCUUGCUGAGUUGCCAUCCUCGAUUCGGAACUCUGUAUUAAAAGAUGUGGAGUAUACUCAUAAAGUGAAGAACCUCGAUUUGGUUCCUGUACGUGAUAAACUUCUUCUUUUAGAGAAGCAAAGGCAAGUUGAAGUCAAAACGGUGGAUGAAGACUGGGUAGCUCGGCAGAGCAAAGUUACAGAGACCCCAAAGUUUCUUGACCAGUACGUACUGAUGAGAGAUUUAGAAAGUAGAAUUAAGGAAUGGGUGACUAUGUCAUUGUCUCAAGGAGGGCCUCAUGAAGAUGAUGUGAAGUACUUUGGAGAAUAUCUUGAUGAAAUGUUGUCUAGGCAGGAUAUCAGCCGAGUUUUAUUAUUGCGUAAAUGUAUUGAUACUAAUUUGGAAUUGCAGAAAUCGAAAUUGCCAUUUGUAGAGGAGUCAACGAGGCUGUUCAUACUUGAAGGCAUUCAAGAUUGGAAUAAUCAAUUGGCAGAGUAUAUCGAUCCAAAAUUGGUGAAGUAUAUCUAA